AUGGAAUUAUCCGAAAACUCCUAAUCGAUUUCAGGAUGGCUCUAAAAUUAUGAUGAUCAAAUGGUUCAUCAAACACGUAAACCCAUUAAUUGUACAUCUCAUUCUUAAAUCUCUAGAAUUAACUAUUAAUUAAAAACAAUUGUCAAUGAGAAGACUAAGAACAAUAUAAAUCAAGUAAUAAAUAUAAUAUUUUUUGAUCUAUUUCUAAAAAUUAGAAAUUCAAACUAGUAAAUUGUGAAUAACAACAAUAAAAUAUCGGAGUUGAAGAGGAUAAUGGAAUUUUUAUCAGUAAAUGAAUAAUCUAAAUAUGAUGCUCAUCAACGAUACCAACGAUAACCCGAUUAUUAGGAAGAUAAUUAAGCUGCUAUCUAACUACAUUAAGCAUAAUUUAAGAUUAAAUUAAAUUCCUCCAAAAAAUAAAUGUUGUAACCUUUAUAUGAAAUUCAUCAAAUAAAUGCUUAAACCGAAAGAUAAUUAAAUUGUCGAUCCAAUAAUCUAAGUCAAAAAGGAACUCACCUAAAAACUGAUAAUCACUAAGACAUUUUAAAAUCUACUUCUAUUCAAAGAUUAUUGAGUAAAAGGGAUGUCAAACCAAGAAUAACAAAGUAGUUGAAUGAGAUGUAGAGCAAAUAAAAGGAACUUGAACUCCUUUAAUUGAUGAUAAAGAAACAUAGAGAAAAUGUUUAAUAAUAUUUUCCAAAGAAGAAUAGAUACUUAAGAUGA